AUGGAAGCAUUCAAAAUGCGGACCAAUGAGAUCAGGCUGGAGGAUGCUCACAAUGACAAUCCCAACGUCGAAAAUAAGGAGUAUUCCUUAACAGGUCUCCCAACAACAGCUCGCUGGUACAUCGAUGUCCGAGAAUGGGACGCAUGCGGCAAAAAUCUACCAUUGUUGGAAUUCCUUCGCCCGGACGAGCAGAAAUCUGUGAUAAGGUACUAUCAUGAUGCAGACAAACGCAUGUCACUGGCCUCACAUCUCCUCAAAUACCUCUAUAUUCACCAUGCUUGCGGAAUUCCGUGGAAAGAAAUCGUUCUCAGACGCACAGAAAUGCCCGAAAACCGACCAUACUAUAAGUCUACCACGGACACUGAAGUUGAAUUCAAUGUCACCCACCAGGCAGGACUUACUAUUCUAGCGGGAACCAUUGCUCCAAAUCACCAGCAGACGCUACACCACGCCAAUGGGGGAGACCUGACUCCUCAGCCACGGCUGGGCAUUGACGUGACCUGCGUUAACGAGAACCGCCGCAAGGUUAUCAAGACCAUGGCCGAGUACCUAGAACAUGUUUCUAUUUUUGUCGAUGUAUUCUCAGAAACCGAGCUUCGGACCAUGAGAAACCCACGCCAGGCACUUGACCGGGCACGAGAAUGUGGUCUCGCAAAGGCAUUCGACGGAUCUAAUUCUGAAGACACAAUCGUUCGCUAUGGACUACGUCUAUUCUAUUCGUACUGGGCCCUCAAAGAAGCAUACCUGAAGAUGACUGGAGACGCGCUUCUGGCUCCUUGGGUACGUACCCUUGAAUUCUUGAACGUCAUUCCUCCCGAUCCCGUCGAACCUCUUCACGCCCAGAAACCAUAUGUCCCCUCUCAAGGUCUGAAAUACAUCCCACAAUCACCCAAGAACUGGGGCCCUCUAUUCGCAGGAGUGAGGGCCACAAAGGAUGGGAAAACCUUAGAUGAUGUCCGUUUUCAGCUCGUCGCAUUUGAAUCCGACUACAUCGUUGCGGUGGCUGGUCGGGGGCUCCCCGUUGGCGUUUUCCCGGAUGGGAAGUAUAACCAGGGUUUGCACCACUUGCCUGCCCAAAUCACCGUGUGCUCAGAGAAUCAGAAGGAAGAACACCGUAUUCCUCUCAGUGCUAAAAAGGUGAUUGGAGAUAUGGACCCAUGGGAUAUUCCAUCCUCGAUCGUGGACCCCUGGCUUCCAAUGCAAGAGGUUGAUAUUGAUAUUGAUAUCCGGGCUUGUGCUGAGGGUCGAUGUCUUCAUCCUGAAAACCCCAGAUCUGUUCUUUCCAGAGUUAAGGCAGAGUUACCUGAUUCGGCGUGA